CUGGGUCAGCUGAUUUAGGAAUGUUCGUGUUACAAAACAUUGAACACGGAUGUUUGGCACUGGAAACGAGUCGCAAUCUCAAACAGAGGAAAUCCCUACAAAUUUUUGACGUUUGUUAGGCUACUGCUACAGGUUGUGUAUCGUUAUCAGAAUAUGUCAUGCUAUGGAUCCCACAGUAGCGCCAAUGCAACACGAAACUGAGACAGAGCCAUACUCUGGGUGGGGUUGGUGGCCUUCCUGGCGUCCGACUUCCAUGUCCCUCCUGAAGAGCACAGAGGCCAAGAUCCUCUCCUGUAUACAGAAUGAAGUGUGGUCCAGGUUUGUCACGUUACCCAACCAGGACAGGAUCUGGACCCUCACGUUGACCAACAAGACCACCCACAAACCUCUUGAGCAAACCCCUAAGAAGACUCCUCUGGUGAUGGUCCAUGGGUUUGGAGGAGGAGUGGGUCUGUGGAUUCGUAACCUGGAUGCUCUGAGUCACUCUCGGCCCGUCUACGCCUUCGACCUCCUGGGGUUUGGCCGGAGCUCCCGACCCCCCUUCCCCACAGAUGCUGCCCUGGCUGAGGAGCAGUUUGUCAACUCCAUGGAGCGGUGGAGGGAGUCUGUAGGCCUGGAGAACAUGAUUUUACUGGGACACAGUCUGGGGGGAUACCUGGCAACAUCUUACGCCAUCCAGCACCCUUCUAGGGUGAGUCACCUGAUCCUGGUGGACCCGUGGGGUUUCCCUGAACACCCACAGCCAGGGGUGGAGACCCCGGCGGGCCAGGGGCCAGAGGUGGUGAAGAGGCCGCCCCUGCCACGCUGGGUCAAGGCUGUGGCCUCAGUCGUGUCUCUGUUCAACCCUCUGGCUGUCAUCAGAGCAGCAGGUCCAUGGGGUCCAGGGUUGGUAAAUAGAUUGCGUCCAGAUUUCAAGAGGAAAUUUGAGGACUUGUUUGAUGAUGAUACCAUGACCGAGUACAUCUACCACUGUAAUGCUCAGACCCCUAGUGGGGAGGUAGGCUUCAGGGCCAUGUCAGAGACCCUGGGCUGGGCCAAGAGGCCCAUGCUACAGCGGGUUCACCUGCUGCCCCCCUCCAUGCCUCUUACCAUGCUAUAUGGUUCACGCUCCUGGGUGGACAGCGCCUCGGGAGACAAGGUGGCCCAGAUCAGGGUCCAGACAGCCACACGCACUGUGAUGAUAGAUGAUGCGUCUCACCAUGUAUAUGCUGACCAACCAAUGGAGUUCAACAGAGUGGUCCAGAACAUAUGUAACGAUGUAGACUGAAAAAGCAUACAUGACUGACAAACCAAGAUGUCAUAAUGUGUGUCUUGGUCUGUACCUCGUUAGUGCCACAGAUGCUCCAAUGUUGGUGGGAGAUUUUUAUAAGAUGGGCCUAUUCCACUACAUUCUGAUCAGUGGACACUAGUUGGCUAAGUGGUUAUGAUAUAUGCCAUUUAGCAGAUUCUUUUAUCCAAAGCGACCUAAGUCAUCCGUGCAUACAWUUGACAUGUGGGUGGCCCAGGAGUCAAACCCACAAUCCUGCGAUUACAAGCACCGUGCUCUAACAACUGAGCCAUGCAGGACCAAUUGGAAUGCUUAGGGCCAGGAACUGACCAUGUGACCUGACCAGGAAAAGUCCUGGGCAGGUUACAUGGUCUGGUGAAGUCCUGGUUCUGCUCCAAUGACUGUCAGGCAAACCAUACCCUGCACUGAAGGUCCCCUGUCCAGGUUGGGAUGAUAGACAAGGCCUUGACAAUAGAGUGUUUCCUAUUCAAUCACUUAUUCAGUUGUAUUUUAUCAGUACUGUUCCUAUAAGUAGGGCAAGGAGUUUUUCCAUGUAGUCUGGGAAACCUCUAGGAUCUAGCUAUAUGUUAUACACAGUAAUCCAUUGUCAUUUAGUUCAUAUUGCAGCCUUCUGACUAAAGCGAAGUUCACAAUUCUGUUAUUUGAAUGAAUUAUGGAGAGUCAAUGCAAUAAGAGUUUGGGUGGAACACUCAAUGUUCAGGGUAUAUAUUUAUGUUUCUUUCUGUAACUAUGGUAAAUGCCACUGCAGCAUGCUUUAUCAUGUGCCUGAGUUGGAAAGUAAAUAUGUGAUUGUAAUUUUCUCUGUGUCCUCUGAUCUUCGCUAUCAAAAUGUCUGUAUUUUAUACUACUACAUGGAUUCAAUAGAAAUGUAUAUGAUUAACGUAAUGCUUAUCUCUGAUCUUGUCA